CUUUUGCAUGGCGUCAUCUCAGUUUCAUUCCCACAAAAGUUUGGUCAUUUUUUUCUGAUUAAUUUAGAGUGGGGCCUAGGUGAGGUCGGCAGCAAUGGUAAUGUGGUAGGGUGGAGGGGGAAGCAGGUGAUUAAAACCCGGCGUAUCGUCUCUCGCGAGAAGAGUGAAGAAGCAUAGUGUAUGUGGCAGAGAGCAUAUUUAUAUAAAGUGUUGCGUAUGACUGUAUGAGGGAUGGUUAAGCUCCAAACUUUUUAAGUAAAAAGAAAAUAAAAAGUGACUUAUUUCUUCGACUCGACGAUUCCUCUUGAUCAUUUCUCUCGUCUGCCUACAGUAAUAGUAGCGAGGGGGGUGGGGAUGGAUUCUGUUAGACGCACCUACACGAUAAUGAGAGGCCGCAACAUUGACAAGCGUGUUCCUUCUAAAGAGUCUCUCUUUUCUCUCGAUAAAGCUGAAUCUGCAGUGCGUGGGACGGGAAAAGAUAUUGGGAAUCCUUCAUGGAAGCGAUCUCUGCCUCACGUAUUCGUUGCAUCUCUCACCUCGCUUUUAUUCGGCUAUCACCUUGGGGUUGUUAAUGAAACUCUCGAAAGCAUUUCAAUUGAUCUUGGCUUUAGUGGCAACACCAUCGCCGAAGGUCUUGUUGUUAGUACGUGCUUAGGUGGCGCCUUUAUUGGAUCUCUGUUCAGUGGGUUGGUCGCGGAUGGUGUUGGCCGCCGUAGAGCUUUCCAGCUGAGCGCUUUACCAAUGAUUAUUGGAGCUUCUGUGAGUGCAACAACUGAGAGUCUUGAGGGCAUGCUCCUGGGAAGGUUUUUUGUCGGAAUUGGGAUGGGCAUAGGUCCUUCUAUUACGGCUCUCUAUGUCACUGAGGUGUCACCUGCUUAUGUGAGAGGCACAUAUGGCAGCUCUACCCAAAUUGCGACAUGUAUUGGGCUCUUAGGUUCACUAUUUGCUGGAAUCCCAGCAAAAGACAAUUUGGGCUGGUGGCGUAUAUGUUUUUGGAUAUCCACAGUCCCAGCUGUAGUCCUUGCCGUUUUCAUGGAACUCUGUGCCGAAAGUCCUCAGUGGCUUUUCAAGAGAGGAAGGGCAGCUGAAGCUGAAGUCGUGUUUGAAAAGUUACUGGGAGGGGCAUAUGUCAAAGCUGCCAUGGCAGAGUUAGUGAAGUCAGAUAGGGGUGAUGACGGUGAUUCAGCCAAAUUGUCGGAAUUGCUUUUUGGACGCAGUUUUAGAGUGGUUUUCAUUGGAUCUACCCUUUUUGCUUUACAACAGUUGUCUGGGAUAAACGCUGUAUUCUAUUUCUCAUCAACUGUCUUCAAGAAAGCUGGUGUACCUUCAGCCUUUGCUAACAUAUGUGUGGGAGUAUGCAACCUCUUAGGUUCUACUGUAGCAGUGAUUUUGAUGGAUAAGCUGGGGAGAAAAGUAUUGCUUAUUGGGAGUUUUGCGGGCAUGGCAGUAUCGCUGGGUCUCCAAGCGAUGGCACAUACUUCGUUUUCAUCACAUUUUGGAACCUUGUUUCUCUCGGUCGGAGGAAUGCUACUGUUUGUGUUGUCGUUUGCAACUGGAGCUGGUCCUGUUCCAAGUCUUCUCCUGUCUGAGAUAUGCCCUGGUCGUCUUCGGGCAACAGCAUUGGCUAUUUGUCUUGCUGUUCACUGGGUAAUAAACUUCUUCGUGGGGCUGCUGUUUCUAAGAAUGCUGGAGCAACUAGGUUCGGUGCUUCUAAAUGCAAUCUUUGGAUUCUUCUGCGUGGUGGCAGUUAUCUUUGUGCAGAAGAACGUGAUUGAGACUAAAGGGAAGAGUCUCCAAGAGAUAGAAAUCAGUCUGCUCUCUGCCAACCAGUGAUUUUUUUUCUUCCGGGAAUUCACAUUGCUCGUAUAAUAUGUAAGACUAAUAUGGAAAGUAGGAGCGAGUAGUAAGUAGGCAUUACAUGUAAGGAAAUGGAUUAUUCAAGUAUAGCCCGACGACAUUCCAAUUUGAUUUUCUAAUAAAGAAACCGAGAAAAAAAAAUAAUAUUAAAAUCAGAUUUCUAUGAAUCCCUCUCUCAAAAGUUCACCGCGGUGAACCCCGAUGACCCCGGGUUCACCACGUG